GCUGACCGAGCGGCCCACGCGGCGUGCGGGCGAGUCCCGUCCCCCUCGGCGCCCCCGGCCCAUGGCCCGGCCGCGGCCGCGCCGGCCCUGAGGGAGCCGAGUUCGCGCCGCCCUCUCACCCCUCCCCUCCCCCACCCACCCCGGGCGCCAGGCGCUCGCUCGGGGCCGCGGGGCCUAGUGUGGCGUCCGCCGCGGAGCCGGAGCCGCCGCCGCCGCCGCUGCUGCUGCUGCUGCUGCCGCCGCGAUGGCGCCGCUCCUGGGCCGCAAGCCCUUCCCGCUGGUGAAGCCGCUGCCGGGCGAGGAGCCGCUCUACACCAUCGCGCACACGCAGGAGGCCUUCCGCACCCGGGAAGAGUAUGAAGCCCGCCUGGAAAGGUACAGUGAGCGCAUCUGGACUUGUAAGAGUACUGGGAGCAGCCAGCUAACGCACAAGGAAGCCUGGGAGGAGGAGCAAGAAGUUGCCGAGCUCUUGAAGGAGGAGUUCCCUACCUGGUAUGAAAAGCUUGUUCUGGAAAUGGUCCACCAUAACACGGCCUCCUUGGAGAAGCUGGUAGACUCUGCCUGGCUGGAGAUCAUGACCAAAUAUGCUGUGGGAGAAGAAUGUGAUUUUGAGGUUGGGAAGGAAAAAAUGCUCAAGGUGAGGAUUGUGAAGAUUCACCCUUUGGAGAAAGUAGAUGAAGAGGCAACUGAGAAGAAAUCUGAUGGUGCCUGUGAUUCUCCCUCAAGUGACAAAGAGAACUCUGGCCAGAUUGCUCAGGACCACCAGAAGAAGGAGGCAACAGUCAAGGACGAUGAAGGGAGGAGAGAAAGUAUUAAUGACCGAGCGCGAAGAUCGCCGCGCAAACUUCCUACUUCACUGAAAAAAGGAGAAAGAAAAUGGGCUCCUCCGAAGUUUCUGCCCCACAAAUACGACGUAAAACUGCAGCAUGAAGACAAGAUCAUCAGUAAUGUGCCAGCAGACAGCUUGGUUCGAACAGAACGCCCACCCAAUAAAGAGAUCCUCCGCUACUUCAUCCGGCAUAACGCACUACGGGCUGGGACUGGGGAAAACGCACCCUGGGUCGUGGAAGAUGAGCUGGUGAAGAAGUAUUCCCUGCCUAGCAAGUUCAGUGACUUUUUGCUUGAUCCAUACAAGUACAUGACUCUCAACCCUUCUACCAAGAGGAAGAGCGCGAGCUCCCCAGACAGGAAGCCCACCAAGAAGGCCAAGGCAGACAGUGCUUCCCUGAACUCCCCACUCAACCCGAAGCUCUGGUGUCACGUACACUUGAAGAAAUCCCUGAAUGGGUCCCCACUCAAAGUGAAGAACUCAAAAAAUUCCAAGUCUCCAGAAGAGCAUCUGGAAGAAGUGAUGAAGAUGAUGUCUCCCGGCAAGCUGCACGCCAACUUCCACAUUGCCAAGAAGGGCCCGGCUGCCAAGAAGCCAGCCAAGCACGGCGACAAGCCCCUGAGAGCCAAGGGCCGAGGCAAAGGCAUCCUCAAUGGACAGAAGUCCACAGGGGGGGCCAAGUCACCCAAAAAGGGACUGAAGACCCCUAAAACAAAAAUGAAGCAGAUGACUCUGUUGGACAUGGCGAAAGGUACCCAGAAGAUAACACGCACCCCACGGAAUUCUGGGGGGACGCCUCGGUCCUCGACGAAACUGCAGAAGCACCUGCCUCCAGCUGCUCUACACCUUAUUGCCUACUACAGAGAGAACAAAGACCGGGAGGACAAGAAGAGCGCCCUGUCCUGCGUCAUCUCCAAAACUGCACGCCUCCUCUCCAGUGAGGACCGGGCCCGCCUCCCCGAGGAGUUGCGUGGAAUUGUCCAGAAACGCUUCGAGCUGCUGGAGCACAAGCGGAAGUGGGCCUCGAUGUCCGAGGAGCAACGCAAAGAGUAUCUGAAGAAGAAACGGGAGGAGCUGAAGGAAAAGUUGAAGGAGAAGGCCAAGGAGCGGAGAGAAAAGGAGAUGCUUGAGAGGCUGGAAAAGCAGAAGCGGUUCGAGGACCACGAACUGGCGGGCAAAAGCCUCCCCACUUUCCGGCUGGUGGACACGCCAGAGGGGCUGCCCAACACACUCUUCGGGGACGUGGCCAUGGUGGUGGAGUUUCUGAGCUGUUACUCGGGGUUGCUCCUCCCCGACGCUCAGUACCCGAUCACUGCCGUCUCCCUCAUGGAAGCUUUGAGCGCAGAGAAGGGGGGCUUCCUCUACCUGAACCGGGUGCUGGUCAUCCUCCUCCAGACCCUCCUGCAGGAUGAAAUUGCUGAAGACUAUGGCGAGCUGGGCAUGAAGCUCUCGGAAAUCCCGCUGACUCUGCACUCCGUCUCGGAGCUGGUGCGGCUGUGCCUCCGCCGGUCUGACGUCCAGGAGGAAAGCGAGGCCUCUGACACCGAGGACAAUAAGGAUUCGGCACCCUUUGAGGACAACGAGGUGCAGGAUGAGUUCCUGGAGAAGCUGGAGACGUCUGAGUUCUUCGAGUUGACCUCGGAAGAGAAGCUGCAGAUCCUCACAGCACUGUGCCACCGCAUCCUCAUGACGUACUCCGUGCAGGACCACAUGGAGACCAGGCAGCAGAUGUCGGCGGAGCUGUGGAAGGAACGGCUGGCGGUCCUGAAGGAGGAGAACGACAAGAAGCGAGCCGAGAAGCAGAAGCGGAAAGAAAUGGAGGCCAGAAAUAAGGAGAACGGGAAGGAGGAGAACGGGCUCAGCAAAGCGGAGAGAAAAAAGGACAUUGUGAAGUUCGAGCCCCAGGUGGAGCUGGAAGCGGAAGACAUGAUCAGCGCUGUGAAGAGCAGGCGGCUGCUUGCCAUUCAGGCGAAGAAGGAGCGGGAAAUCCAGGAGAGAGAGAUGAAAGUCAAACUAGAACGUGAAGCAGAAGAAGAGCGAAUCCGGAAACACAAGGCAGCAGCCGAGAAGGCUUUCCAGGAAGGGAUCGCCAAGGCUAAACUAGUCAUGCGUAGGACGCCCAUUGGUACCGACCGGAACCAUAACAGAUACUGGCUGUUCUCGGAUGAAGUUCCAGGACUGUUCAUUGAAAAGGGCUGGGUACAUGACAGCAUUGACUACCAAGUUACCCACCGCCGCCGAGAGCGCGCAGACCCUCAGGACGAGGACUACUGUCCCCGAAGUAAGAAAGCAAGCCUCAGCAAAACUGCAGUGAACAUGAACACACAUCAUGGGCCAGAAGUCGCUGUGGAGACCACAGUUCCCAAACAGGGACAGAAUCUAUGGUUCUUAUGUGAUAGUCAGAAGGAACUGGAUGAGUUGCUGAACUGCCUUCACCCUCAGGGAAUAAGAGAAAGUCAGCUUAAAGAGAGACUGGAAAAGAGGUACCAGGAUAUCAUUCAUUCUAUUCAUCUGGCUCGAAAGCCAAAUUUGGGUCUCAAAUCUUGUGAUGGCAACCAGGAACUCCUGAACUUUCUUCGAAGUGACCUCAUUGAAGUUGCAACAAGAUUACAAAAGGGAGGACUGGGUUAUGUGGAAGAAACCACGGAUUUUGAAGCUCGGGUUGUCUCAUUAGAGAAAUUAAAGGAUUUUGGCGAGUGUGUGAUUGCCCUUCAAGCUAGUGUUAUAAAGAAGUUUCUCCAAGGCUUCAUGGCUCCCAAACAGAAGAGAAGAAAAGUCCAAAGUGAAGAUCCUGCCAAGAGUGAAGAGGUGGAUGAGGAGAAGAAGAUGGCGGAGGAGGCGGAGGUGGCGUCUGCACUGGAGAAGUGGAAGACGGCGAUCCGCGAGGCCCAGACCUUCUCCAGGAUGCAUGUUCUCCUGGGGAUGCUGGACGCCUGCAUCAAGUGGGAUAUGUCAGCGGAAAAUGCCAGAUGCAAAGUUUGUCGGAAGAAAGGUGAGGAUGACAAACUGAUCCUGUGUGACGAGUGUAAUAAAGCCUUCCACCUGUUUUGUCUGAGGCCGGCUCUUUAUGAAGUACCAGAUGGUGAGUGGCAGUGCCCGGCCUGCCAGCCCGCUACUGCCAGGCGCAACUCUCGUGGCAGGAAUUACACUGAGGAAUCUGCCUCUGAUGGCAGUGAAGAAGAGGAGGAGGAGGAAGAGGACGAGGAGGAAGAAGAGGAGGAGGAGGAGGAGGAAGAUUAUGAGGUGGCUGGUUUGCGACUGAGACCUCGAAAGACCAUCCGGGGCAAGCAGGGGGCUGUUCCCCCCACAAGACCAGGCCGCCGGCCAGGUAAGAAGCCGCACCCCGCCCGGAGGGCUCAGUCAAAAGCACCGCCCGUGGAUGAAGCCGAGGUGGAUGAGCUGGUGCUGCAGACCAAGCGGAGCUCGCGGAGGCAGAGCCUGGAGCUGCAGAAGUGCGAGGAGAUCCUGCACAAGGUCAUCAAGUACCGCUUCAGCUGGCCCUUCCGGGAGCCCGUGACACGUGACGAGGCGGAGGACUACUACGACGUGGUCACGCACCCCAUGGACUUCCAGACGAUGCGGAACAAAUGCUCCUGCGGGAACUACCGCUCGGUGCAGGAGUUUCUCAGCGACAUGAAGCAGGUGUUCGCCAACGCCGAGCUGUACAACUGCCGGGGCAGCCCCGUGCUGGAGUGCACGGCCAAGACCGAAGAGUGCCUGCUGGCGCUGCUGCGCAAACACCUGCCCGGCCACCCCUACGUGCGCCGGAAACGCAAGAAGUUCCCAGAGCGCCCUGCUGAGGACGAGGGGGACGGUGGGCUGGAGCCUGCUGGACAGUCCAGGGGCCGAAGACAGAAGAAGUAGGCAGGGCCGUGGUGAGGGAGCUGAAGUCGG